GUCAAAUGCUGCUGCUUAUUUGGCCAUGCGGAGUCUUCUCUCCUCCGAUUAGUGGCAAACAGCAGCCCAGACAAGACGUCACUGCCAACCGCUGUUCGAUGGACUGGUUCCGUAUAGAUUACUCCCGCGAAACAGCACAACAGCAUACCCAGAAAUCUCAUUAAGCAACCUUCAACAACAUGCCUUCCGCCGACGCUCCAGGCGAGCAAUUCGAGCCUCGCCAAACCUCGACCACCGAUGACUACAAGCCUGAUCCGUCGAAGUCGAUCAAGCUAUCGCCGGCGCGACAGGCACUAGUCGACGACAUCAUCGCCCUCUACUCAUGCGAGCCCACCAUCCGCCGUGUAGAGCGGUACACCCCCGACUGCGUCUACGACGACCAGUUCGUCUACGCCAAUGACCGCUACAAGAUGGCUGGUCAGUGGUUCGCUCUUCCGAAACUGUUCAAUGCGUCGAAGAACGAGGGCUACGAGGUCAUUAAGAAUGACCGCGACUUGAUCCAGUUCAAGAACGAGCAGAGUUGGACAUUCAAGCUCAUCCCGAAGACGGCGACGAUCAAUGCGCUUGUUAGCUUGAGCUUGGAUCCCAGCACGGUGGACAGUGACUUCAUCCAGGUCAAGUACCAUAAGGAUCAGGCGAAUGAUAAGGACUACAGCCACGAGGGUGUUGGCUUUAGCUUUAAGAAGUGGCAAGCGGAUAAUGUGGCUAAGAAUAUGAAUGCGAAGGAAGUAGAGUACUUUGCGAAGGACAAAAGUGCGGCGAAGGAGGAGGUGAAGAGGUAUGGUACUGGCACGGAGGAAGGCAGUGCGCCGAAGAAGGACUUUUAAUGGGCU